UUUUGAGCCGUAAACCCAUAUAUAUUUGGAUGCCUCUGCGACGCUGGAUUCCUUCAGCUGGAAUGUCUCCGAGUCGUUCUUGAGGUGCCUUUACUCAUCUCUUCGCGAUCGGCGCGAACCGCCGACCUUCACCAGUCGUGGUGUAGCACUCCUAGUGCUGAUAACGAGCUGCUCCCUUUUUUGUACACGAUUCUGGUGCACUGAACGACCCCCCUUAUCCGCACUUCGAGCGUAAUCUCCGCCCCCCGACUCGCAGCCGACUAUGAACAAGAUUGCAAGGCAUCCCCCCUCCCACUACAUCAGAGGCUUACCCGGCCAACCUUGACGAUGCGCUAUAUGGUGGGCAUGAUGGUCGUUCUUGUCAUCUUCGUUGUGACGGUGCACUCCGCUGGUUACUCGCCCGCUUUGCGUGAGUCGCCAAAUCUUCGGCUAAGCGUGACAUUUACCUCUACAGCCACAUGCGCCGAGCUCUGCAUCCCCCCGCCGUGCAACGGCAUCAUCACAGACUCCUGCUUCUGCAAGGAUGCCGUCCUAAAUUGCAUGGACGGCGUCUGUUAUAGUCCGACCGAAUACCUGCAGGCGAUAGAGGCGUUUGGUAGUUACUGUCCUGUCUGAGGCCCCUCGGGACCUCCAAGUGGUCGAUGGUACAUUUCCACGAUUGCGCUGUCUUUGUCAAGUGCUCACACGUUCGACAGCCUGGCCAAGGAAA